CUUAAAAGUUUACCAUAAUAAAGUAAUACGUUAAUUGUAAACAUAUUUAACAAAAGUUCUUGUGAUUAUAAAUUUCAAAAAUAAGUGAACUUCCUGACGGAAAACACAUUCAACGUCAUCAUGGACUUGAGUUCCGAAGAAGAAGAAAUUAGAAAAUUAGAAGAAAAUUUAAAACAGAAAAAAGAACAUAGAAGACUAAGAAAACAAUUAGAAAAGAUAAAUACUUCGCAAUGUGAAGGGAACGUAUGUUCCUCAAAAAAGCCCGCAGAUCCAAUACAAACAGAAGAUAUUCCAAACAAUCAAGUUUUCGCAAUUCGGAAUAAUCAGCAAAUUAAAGAGAGUACCAAAGAAAAUACACAUCAAUCCAAGCGGAUUCGUAAAGAAACGGAUGGAAAAGUAAAUCAAGAUUUCUCGAGAGAGACUUUCGAAAAACGAGGAGGAACUACCGAUAAGGGUAAAAAAUACGAAGAUUUGGUUACCGCUAAUCUCGCACUACAGUUGCGGACAGAUCUAAUAGGAAUAGAAGACACUCCAAACAAGCAAGCUGCUCUAUCUGAAGACAGUCAUCAAAGUAAGGGAAAUACCGAAGAAAAUAUAGUUCUGGCUGGACAAGCAACAAAUGGCGAAAGAAAUAAAACUUCGUCGGAUAAGAUUUUUGAAAAACGAGCAGGAACCACCGACAAGGGAAAAAAAUACGAAGAUUUGGUUACCGCUAAAGUCGCACUACAAUUGGUAAGCGACAGUAAAAUAAAAGAUUUCUACAUUUCUUCGAACGAUAAAAAUUUUGGUGAUUUUGAUGACGUGGUUAUUGUAAUUGAGACAGAUAGCGGAAUGAAAACAACAGCACUGCAGUUAAAACACAGUAAUGAAAAAAAACAAUUAUAUAUAAAGCAACUGGCAGGCAAAAAGGGAGACUUUAGUUUAAUUAAAUAUUUCAAAUCUGCUCAAGAGGUUCAAGGCGAAGUGCAAGAAUUUAUAUUAUUUACCACAAAUACAUUUAAAAUUUCAGAAGAAACGAAAUUUAAACUAGAAGGGGAAGAGUUUUACGUGACAGUCAGUAAAAAAACAGUUUCAGGAGACGAUUUCGACGUUUUAAGAACUUCUGAAAAUAUAAAUUAUUAUCAUACAUUUCACAUAGUAGAGGACGAAUGGACUAAACAGAAUGCUGAAAAAAUUCAGCAGUACCGAACAUUCUUCGAGCGCUUUCGUCUUUACACAAACCAAGAACGUUUUGAAGCUCUUACAAAAUCAACAAUGAAUAAAUUUACUGACAUGUUUUGCUCUUACGAAGAAACUUUCAUUAAGUACGUCUACAUCAUAUCAGAAUGGAGUAUGCGAGAUGGAAAAAAAGAAAAGCUAAGCAAAAGAAUGAUGCAACGUGCAAUCGCACUUCGUUUGCUUUCUUCUCAGAUCGAACCGUUUGUUUUUGGUUCGGUCACAGACGAAAUGAAAAUACUUCGAGAGGCUAUUUGUCUGUUCGACAUUACGUUGUUGGAAAAAAAAGGCAGCAACGCAGUUAAAAAUUUGUGGGGAGAUUUGGACCAAAACAUUGACCUCAAAGAACUAAACAAAGUUCGAUUAAUUUAUUCUCUUUCUUUAAAUUAUAUAACUGGUGUCGAAAAUCUGGAUGCAAAUUUGUUGACUCAAUUGUUAUGGCUGAUGGAGAAAUGUCCACUCAUUUUGAAAAAACACGUCAAUAUGGAGAAAGCUAUUAACCUCUGUCCAGAUGCAAAAUUUAUUAUUCUUGGCGAGGGUAAAUAUGAAGAAUGGAUGAAAAAACACUCUGUGUUUCAAAACUUGUUCAACUUGAAACCAGAAGUCGAAUUGUAUGAAAAAGAAUUGCGAAAAUUCACCAUUUCUAUACAAGGCAAAGAACCACGUAAUUUGGUGACUGCUUUCGACAAAAAUGAAGAAAUUUUUAAGCAUGUUACUGUGGAAAAACUUUUAGAGAUGGCAAAUGGUCCAUGCCAUAUAGAUGGACAAAAGGAAGUUUUUCCUAAUCUUUAUAUCGACAGAUAUUUGUCAGUCAAUAUUAUAGACAUUAAAUAUUUAGAACAUGUUAAUCGAAACACUGUUAUCAUUUUAAAUUGCAAAGGUAAUUCUCAGCAAUUGAAAAUAUAUAAAAAGCAUACUCUAACAGACAUCCAGGGUUUUUUAAGUAAUACAGACCCCAAAAUUUUUGAUAAACCAAUUUUUGUAAGGAGUGAAAAAAAUUGUAGUGAUUCUGAUUUUCAAAUAAUAUGUUCUAAAACACCAGAAUCCACAACUGUGCACUAUUUUAAAUUUCUCAGCGAUCAAAAUUUGGAAUGGAUUGGAAGCAAAGGAUGUGUUAAUGAACUGCGAAAGUAUAAAUUACCUAGUCUUUCCAAAAACGAAAAUGAAAUUUGGUCUUCCGAAUUCAGCAACAACAUAAAUCUAAUAACAGCUGACCCAGGAAUGGGCAAAACCGAGUUAACGAAAAGUCUAAAAAACAACUGUUGUGCGAGAUAUUGGACGGUGAUUCUGAGUGCUCAAGAUGUUAAGUCUUUCUUUAAAAAUUCAGCAAAGUCUAAAAAAUCAGACUUAGAACUAUUCGAAACAUUUAUUUUAAACGAAAAAUAUCGACACCUGGCUGGGCUGGAUCGAGAAUAUCUCACACUGUGUUUAGAGCAACGCAAUGUGGUUUACGUAUGGGACGCUCUUGAUGAAAUAUUUACUCACUAUUUAAAUGGGACUUUAGAUCUCAUUCUUAUGUUAUCGCGGAAAUGUUUCAUUCAGUGGGUUACGGCAAGGCAACAUUUGAGAUCUUCUCUGGAAGAAAAAUUUAAUACUCUGUCAGUGGACAUCAAUCAACUCACCGAAGUCGAGCAAGACGACUACAUUAAGAAACGUCUUAACAGUUUUAUUGCGUCUGCAAAUAUGAAACUCACGAUCGACAAAAUUAAAUCCACAUUUGCAUUUACAAAACAUAUAGAUAUAUUGGGAAUCCCUCUUCAAAUUUUUAUGCUUACAGACGUAUUUCUUAAAAAUAAGGAAAAAUAUUUAGAGUUAUUAAACAAUAAAUUUCUCUUGACUGACAUGUAUCGUUACUUUAUUGAAGGAAAAUUUAAGUUUUUCUACGAAGGCAAAGUUCCUGUAAACAAUGAUUUUUGGCAAGAAAAAGUGAAGAAGGAAAUGGAAGAAAAAUUGCAACAGUAUGAAAAGUUGGCGCUCAAAGUAAUAUUUCCUGAAAAUAUUUUGAAACAAUUAAAGAUAGAUUAUUCGCAAAAGAUAGAUUCUGUUUCUGAAGAUUUCGCAACUGUUGGUAUCGUGACUGGACUACAAAACGGCAUUCCGCAAUUUGCACAUGCUUCAUUUGCCGAAUAUUUUGUUGCCUUACAUUUUUCUAGAAAUUUUAAAAUGAUACACAGGGUCAUAUUUUUUGAUGCGAAGUAUAAUAACGUACGUUUCUUCUUCGACAUGUUAACUGGCAAAAAUUCACCGGUCCACAUCGCGAUUUUAUAUAGAAAUUUUGAUGAAGUGGAGAACUUUGACGACGAAAUAAUAAAACGUAAAGAUGAGUGUGGAAGAAGUGCCUUACAUCUCAUUUGUUCUUGGGGACGAAGACAUGGGCGUUUAAAAGUACAAACCAAAUUUAUGCAUUAUAUUAUCGAAGCAUAUCAACAGAUAAUGAAUGCUUCAUUAGAAACGAAAGAAUAUUCUAAAGCGUUAUUGUUUUUGUUGGACAAAUGUGAAAUAUUAGAAGAAGAUUUUUUACAUCAACUCACACCCUUAGCAUGGGCACAAGAAAGUGAAAGUUUGGGAGCGGAACUGGAAUUAUUGCAAUCACGCAAAUUACAACUGAAAGAUUCGUAUAGUCCAACAGACAAAAUUAAUAUUUUAUUUUUUGCCGCUUUGCACGGAUACGCAGAAGCGAUUAAAAUAUUAUUUUCAUUUUCGAGUAUUUCUAAUAAUAAAGUAAAUUUUAGUGUUGAAUUCGAUGGUAGUACGCCUCUUAUAAUAGCUUCUCGAGAGGGGCACGAAACAGUUAUAGAGUGUUUAGUCAAUUGCGGAGCCGAAAUCAAUGGCGCUGAUAAUUAUGGUUCGACACCGCUUUACGCAGCUUGCUCUCAAGGUCACGAAAAAAUGGUCGAAUGCCUGAUGAAAUGCGGAGCCGAAAUCAAUCGCGCUGAUGAUGAUGGUCAGACACCGCUUUAUGCAGCUUCCUCUCAAGGUCACGAAAAAAUUGUCGAAUACCUGGUGAAAAGCGGAGCAGAACUCAAUUGCGCUGAUAUCUAUGAUUGGACACCGUUUCACGAAGCUUCCUUUCAAGGUCAGGAAAAAAUUGUCGAAUGCCUGGUGAAAUGCGGAGCCGAAAUCAAUCGCGCUACUAAACAUGGUGUGACACCGCUUUACCUAGCUUCCUCUCAAGGUCACAAAAAAAUUGUCGAAUGCCUGGUGAAAUGCGGAGCAGAAAUAAAUCGCGCUGAUAAAAGCGGUAAGACACCGCUUCAUAUAGCUUGCUCGGAAGGUCACGAAAAAGUUGUCGAAUGCCUGGUGAAAGGCGGAGCCGAAAUCAAUCGCGCUGAUAAAAGCGGUAAGACACCGCUUUACGCAGCUUCCUCUCAAGGUCACGAAAAUAUUGUCGAAUGCCUGGUGAAAUGCGGAGCUGAAAUCAAUCGCGCUGAUAAAAGUGGUAAGACACCGCUUUACGCAGCUUCCUCUCAAGGUUACGAAAAUAUUGUCGAAUGCCUGGUGAAACGCGGAGCCGAAAUCAAUCGCCCUGAUAAAAGUGGUAAGACACCGCUUUACGCAGCUUCCUCUCAAGGUCACGAAAAAAUUGUCGAAUGCCUGGUAAAAUGCGGUGCCGAAAUCAAUCGUCCUAAUGACAGUGGAUGGACACCGCUCUACGCAGCUUCCUAUAAAGGUCACGAAAAAAUUGUCGAAUGCCUGAUGAAAUGCGGAGCCCAAAUCAAUCGCGUUGAUAAAAGUGGUAAGACACCGCUCUACGCAGCUUUCUCUCAAGGUCACGAAGAAAUUGUCGAAUGCCUGAGGAAAUGCGAAGCAGAAAUAAAUUACGCUGAUAAUGAUGGUCAGACCCCGCUCUACGCAGCUUCCUCUCAAGGUGACGAAAAAAUGGUCGAAUGCCUGGUAAAAUGUGGAGCCGAAAUCAAUCGCCCUAAAUACAAUGGAUGGACACCGCUCUACGCAGCUUCCUAUAAAGGUCACGAAAGAAUUGUCGAAUGCCUGAUGAAAUGCGGAGCCGAAAUCAAUCGCGCUGGUAAUGAUGGAACGACACCUCUUUACGCAGCUUCUUAUCGAGGUCAUGAAAAAAUUGUCGAAUACCUGGUGAAACGCGGAGCCGAAAUCAGUCGCGCUGAUAAAUAUGGUCGAACACCGCUUUACGCAGCUUCUUAUCGAGGUCAUGAAAACAUUGUCGAGUACCUGGUGAAAUGCGGAGCCGAAAUCAAUCCCGCUGAUGCUGAUGGUGAGACACCGCUUUACGCAGCUUCCUCUCGAGGUCACGAAAAAAUUGUCGAAUCCCUGGUGAAAUGUAGAAAAGCCGAAAUCAAUCGCGUUGAUAAAGAUGGUGAGACACCGCUUUACGCAGCUUCCUCUCGAGGUCACGAAAAAGUUGUCGAAUGCCUGGUGAAAUGCGGAGCCGAAAUCAAUCGCGCUGAUAAAAGUGGUAAGACACCGCUUUACGCAGCUUCCUCUCAAGGUCACAAAAAGCUUGUCGAAUGCCUGAUACAAUGCGGAGCCGAAAUCAAUCGCACUAAUGACGAUGGAUGGACACCGCUCUACGCAGCUUCCUCUCAAGGUCACGAAGAAAUUGUCGAAUGCCUGGUGAAAUACGGAGCCGAAAUCAAUCGCACUAAUGACAUUGGAUGGACACCGCUCUACGCAGCUUCCUCUCAAGGUCACGAAAAAAUUGUCGAAUGCCUGAUGAAAUGCGGAGCCAAAAUCAAUCGCGUUGAUAAAAGUGGUAAGACACCGCUUUCCGCAGCUUCCUCUCAAGGUCACAAAAAAAUUGUCGAAUGCCUGGUAAAAUGCGGUGCCCAAAUCAAUCGCCCUAAUGACAGUGGAUGGACACCGCUCUACGCAGCUUCCUAUAAAGGUAACGAAAAAAUAGUCGAAUGCCUGAUGAAAUGCGGAGCCCAAAUCAAUCGCGUUGAUGAAAGUGGUAAGACACCGCUCUACGCAGCUUUCUCUCAAGGUCACGAAAAAAUUGUCGAAUGCCUGAUGAAAUGCGGAGCAGAAAUAAAUCGCGCUGAUAAUGAUGGUCAGACCCCGCUCUACGCAGCUUCCUCUCAAGGUGACGAAAAAAUGGUCGAAUGCCUGGUAAAAUGUGGAGCCGAAAUCAAUCGCACCAAUGACAAUGGAUGGACACCGCUCUACGCAGCUUCCUAUAAAGGUAACGAAAAAAUUGUCGAAUGCCUGAUGAAUUGCGGAGCCAAAAUCAAUCGGGUUGAUAAAAGUGGUAAGACACCGCUUUACGCAGCUUCCUCUCAAGGUCACAAAAAAAUUGUCGACUGCCUGGUAAAAUGCGGAGCAGAAAUAAAUCGCGCUGAUGAUGAUGGUCAGACCCCGCUCUACGCAGCUUCCUCUCAAGGUGAGGAAAAAAUUGUUAAGUGCCUGGUAAAAUGUAGAGCCGAAAUCAAUCGCCCUAAUUACAAUGGAUGGACACCGCUCUACGCAGCUUCCUAUAAAGGUCACGAAAGAAUUGUCGAAUGCCUGAUGAAAUGCGGAGCCGAAAUCAAUCGCGCUGGCAAUGAUGGUACGACACCUCUUUACGCAGCUUCUUAUCGAGGUCAUGAAAAAAUUGUCGAAUACCUGGUGAAACGCGGAGCCGAAAUCAGUCGCGCUGGUAAAAGUGGUAAGGCACCUCUGUGCGCUGCUUCCUCUCAAGGUCACCAAGAAAUUGUCGAAUUCCUGGUGAAAUGCGGAGCCGAAAUCAAUCGCGCUGAUAAAUAUGGUCGAACACCGCUUUACGCAGCUUCCUCUCGAGGUCACGAAAAAGUUGUCGAAUGCCUGGUGAAAUGCGGAGCCGAAAUCAAUCGCGCUAAUAAAGAUGGUAAGACACCGCUUUCCGCAGCUUCCUCUCAAGGUCACAGAAAAAUUGUGGAAUUCUUAGUAAAAUGUGGAGCAAAACCUUUCGUUUAAUAAAAUGAAUAAUGAUGGUUGAACUCGAAUAGUCACCAAAAAUCUGUCGAAUGAUUAGUUCAACGGUGAUCCAAAACUCCUCUACGCCGGGCAAGACUUUCAAUAUUUUAUUACCAUCCGCCGCCUCAUUUUUUUAUUGUUAUUUUGUUGAUCAUAUCAGGGACGGUAAUUUUGCUCUAUCUAUUAAAAACAAUGUUACCCUAACUUUUGAGAGAUUUUAUUACAUACUUUAAUUAUAGGAUUUAUAUUAAAAAAAAUAGAAUUGAAAAAAACUGAAUUUGUUCGACCGUAUUUUAGCAGCGAGAUACAGGGUCAUUAUAAAAUAUUGUAGUCAACUCACCUAUGAAAAACAAAUGAAAUUUUUCUCGUGCCGCUAAUCACCAAAAUGAUUUGAACUGUUUUGAAAUGUCACGAACGUCCAAACAAAUCUGUCAGAUGUGUCAAAAAUUGAAAUGCCCGGUUCGCGGUUUAAUUUCAUUUUAAAUAGACACGAAAAGACGCCAGGCCAGAGCAUUAAGGGUUGCAGUGUUAUCGAGCAUUUGUGAACGCCACUGCAAUACAUUUCAGUUUCAAAAAUUGUAAAUUGUCAGAAAAACGUUUAAGGGCUUUGUCAUGAAUUACACCUUGGAAAGUCGAUUGGACUUGAACAGAAUAAAUAAUCUGGUCUGUUUUGCAAAGAAGCAAUAAUUUUUCAAAUAAUGAAAUCCAAAAAGUGAGGUUAAAUUUGUCGAAACCAAUGAACACGGUAAUUAAUUAAAAAAUUACAUUUUUAUAGGUACCCUGAAGGUAAAAAUUGUGAAAAAUCACGUAAUGGACAAUGGCAGAGCAAGUCUUAUCACAGUUAACGAACACUAUGAGUACCUAAUGAGUUUUUGCAGUAAAUAAUUUUGCCAAAGUUGUGAUCCCUCGAAAGUUCUGUUUGUAAAUUGUAAGGAAUCGUCAAAAUAUUGGUGCAGACAUGGUUUGUGACCGGUGCUUUUCUCUUGAAAAAACACAACUGAAAGCCUUGAUCUUCAUCCCUACAAUAGGUGAAAACUGCUAUGUCCAAACAUUACCUUCAGCUUUGCAGUUUCUAGAUAUCUGAAACAUGCCAGAUCUGCAUAACAGGAAUGUCAAAGAGGUUCUACCCAAAACACGCCCACAUGGCCAUCCUAAUAUCAAGAUUUUUCAAAAUUUCUAUAACAAAAAAGAUGAAAAAACCAAUAAAAUUUCAGGAGCAUAGUGUUAAGAGUUCUGUAGAUGAUUAUGAGAUCUCUUGAAACAACAGAAUGUUUAAUAAAGAUUUUUAACUUUCCUAAUAGUAAAAUUACAAUUAUUACUAAACAGUAAGUUGAAGUAAGUUUUAAAUUAAGAGAAUGCAACUAACACCGAAAGAAAAAUGAAAGUUACUGAAAAUAAAAAACUUUAUUGCAGUACCUACAUACACUUUCUACAUCUAAUUUUGUUUAUUGAUCACAUUCAUUUACUUGAAAAAGUAUCAGGCCUAUGAAUCGU